AUUUCGGUAAGAAGAAUCACCAGCAACACUAAACCACAGUAUCCACUUUAUCCACAGGAGUAGUGGGAAGUGAACAGAUGGUAAAUAAAAUACAAGGCACGACCGAGGUGGAAAAAACAGUGUAGUCUGAAAUCAUUUAUGGAAGUAUAGAAUUCAAUGAAAAAUUUAUUCAAAAUGCAAUUUUACAACCAGCUUUUCCUUGUUAUUACAACCUGCUUAUUCCUAACAUUCACUGUCAGCCAAUCAAAAAAGGUAAGUCCAGAUGGAUGAACUGUAUUGUCAUUGAAAACUAAAAAAGAGUAGACUAAACUUAGACUAAUCUAGGACUAGUACUACCUAUACGGCUAUAGUCUAUAUGAAAUUUAGUAAGUUACUCUGGUCUUUAAGUAUAGUGUAGGAUAUAUGAUAUAGUGAUUAUUCACAGAGCUGUGCGGAUAACGCUCGCCGUUAUUCACAGAUUUCGGUCUGCCAAUAACGCUCAACAUUAUUCAGAAUGUGAUAAAUUAAAUUAUGAAUAUAAAAUACAAAGUUCGUGUGAAAACAUCUCCUCGGUAGUAUAGUGGUCAGUAUCUCCGCCUGUCACUCGGCGGACAUAGGUUCGAUUCCUUGUCGGGGAAGCUUCAUUUUUAUAAAUAAAAUUUAAAAAAAAAAUAUAUAUUUAAUGGUUAUUUCGUAGUGUUAUAUUAUAAUAAUAUUCUUCAUAUAGCUUUCUUAUUCUGUUCACAUAGUUUUAUUAUUAUUUUCAUGUAGUUUUGUUACUUAUUCUACAAGUUUCAAUCUAUUUUGUUAGAAUGUUCAUUCCAGUUUCGUCAAAAAACUGUAAACAACAUGGACAUGCAGAUGAGCCGCAUAAACCAUGUUUAAGUCAGAUACAGCUGUUCUAACUGUACAUUGACAUUGUGAUAUACUUUUAGCUCUUUUGACUGUUUAAUUUUCUUUAUAUAAUUCCACUCAUAGACUUUAACAUCCAUUUGUUUUUCUCUAAUAAACAAAUACUUAUUAAUAACUUACUUAUUAAAAUAUUUUAGAUCUCAGAGUUGUGUAUUAAUGUUUAGCUUAAAAAAUAUGUCACGUUUUAUUUGUUUCAUUUUAUUUUCUAAUAAGUAUCAUAAGUAGGGACACAAUAUACCGCUCCAGAAAUAGUUGAAAUAACAUUUAGUGAUGACAAUGAAAGGAACAUACCGGUACCGUACUUAAAACACAUCAAUAUCAUUGACAUCAACAAUUUUAGCUCUUGUAAAAAAAAUGUUGAUAAUUGAAACAAAAAGCCAUACUGCCACUGUUGUAACUAUGGGUCUAAAUACAAAAAAAGCAUACAAAAAUUAAUUGGAACCCUGCUGGUCGUAGGAUGCAUUGCGAGUCUUUGGGAAGUAAAGUUCCCUUGGGGCAAUUGAAGUUUGAGUGUAUGGCCAGCGCAAUAACCAGCCAGCUUUACUUUUCCCCAGCUAAGGCCAGAGCUGGGUAGACUUAGGGACACCCUCAAGGAUCAGGAAAAAAUACUAGCCUUAAACAGGAUUAGAUUCUGUUAUUAUCGAUGUAGGGCCUAUAUGCCCCUCCCCGUCUCUCACAUGGCCGCCUGAUGGAGACACCUCUCUGCAUCAUAACACUGUUGCGCGGCAUGUCAACUAUUUCUGUCAGAACAUUUCUGGACUACGUGAUAUAUCAUAGUGCUUUUAAAAAAAAACUAAACGAUAUCCUAUCAAGCUUUGACAUCAUUUAAAGACAUCUCUACAAUGGGUGAAAGUGAGUCUACAUGAAGAAUACCGGUACCAUUUUUAUUACUGGUAUAACAUUUAAUAGGAAAUACCAGAAAAUUAGCUAUGUCUAGGAGUAGGAGGUUUGACUGGAUCUAUUAGUAACACUCUAUAGGUCGAACAUGUUGGCCCCUAACAGAGCAGAUGUAGGCACAAUUAAUUGUCCUAUAUCCAAUAUAUAGGCUAUAGUUAGGCCUAUUAAAUUUUUUAAAUUUAAUUUGUGCAUAGCUUCGGUUAUGAAAUGUGCUUGUGCCAUACUCAUUAAAGAUUCUUUAAAGAUCCAAAUAUCCUACACUACUUAAAAUUACACCCCCACCCUGCCUUGGAAUGUGAUAUAGAAAUUUGCGUACUUAUAGGAUAAUUUCUGUCUCAUUAUAGACCCACUAAUUAUCACCCAAUAAUAAAUUUGUAUGCGCACAUGGGCGCCCGCAGUUAGGGUUUGAUUUGAUUGGCUGGACUACCAAUAGCUCUCUAGAAGCUAUUGGUAGUUCAAUACAAAUAGCUCCCUGCCCUAACUAGAAGCUAUAGGUAGUAAACUACCAAUAGACACUUUCUUUUUGAUAGUUUUGAAUUAGGCCUAUAAUUAUAAACUUGUAUUAAGUUCAUUACAUUGACUGAUUUUUGCAUGCAAUAUCAGAAUCAGGUAAAAAAAAAUGUGUUCAAAUUGCCAUUAAAAUAAAUUAAAUAUCAAUUAAUAGCCCCUUUUUUAUGCAGCUACAAUGUAGCCUACUUUCUAAAAUAAUUUCCGAAAAUUCAGGCAUUUUUUAAAUCAAUUUUAGGCACGUUAAAGAUCUAGAAAACAUAAACAAAAGUUAAUCUUAAGCUCCUCAGAUGUCAAGGUUCUAUGAUAGUUUGCAAGUCCAUGUUCUUAUAUGCUGAACAAAAAAUAAAAUGACAUAAAGGAAAUAACUCUACUUUGAAUAGUAGAUUUCCUGACUUUUAAAACUGGACCACAACAAAACCAGUUAUAUUUACAUUUCAUUUUCAUUGAAUGUUAAGUUUAUAGAGACAAACUCUCUCACUGUUCUUUUUAAAUGUCAUAUUAUGCAAGCAACUGUACAUGUGAUGCAAAAUUUGUUUAAAAUUAAUUAAUUAUAUAUAUGGGUAUUUAUUAAAAAUUUAACCCUUUAUACUAAGUAUCAUUAAUUGCUCUUCAUAUAUUUAUGUAAUUUGAAACAUGGUUUAAAAUAUUUAAUAAAUUACUAACACGUUUUUUAGAUAAAAGUUUGAAAAAUAAAAUAUCUUAAAUAGGUCAAACGAAGUCUGCGGUGGGUAACAUCAGAUCAUGCACUCAGAUACCUGACGACAGAAAUGUCCACUAUGGAAGACUUCAAAUCUAGCAUAUUAAAGCCAAUGCUUAUAGAGAGGGUUUCUGGGACAGAGGGAAAUCUUAAAGUUCAAAGGGUAAGUUAAAAUAAAUUUAUAAAAUUCAUCAAGAUUUUAGUAUACUAGGACAGGAUUUUUGCUUGCGCAGCAAUACUUUUUGUUACAUUAGACAUAACUGGUAUAAAUUGGUUCUUAUAUCUAGAAAUUAAAAAAAAAAAAAAUAAUAAUAUUUGAGUAUUUAAGUAGAGUGGGAUACAGUUUUGGUAUUGUUAAACUUUAAAUAUUUUACCCAUCAUGUCCGAUAGUUUAAUUUAACAUCAAAAUGCAAUGUACUUUAGCCAUUUUUGAGGCUGAAAUCGAUGCAUUUCAAUAAACUCUCACAGGAUGCAUAUUUCUGUUAUAGAAAAAAUAUGUCAAAAUCGACAUCGAUAUUAGACUGUUAGUGGAUAACUCUAAUUUACAAACUCAAAAAAUUGAAAUAUUCACAGAAUAUUACUAUAGAAUAAAACAAGGAGUUCUGCUGUCUACGAAGUAUAGCAUAUAACUAAUAUUACUAAUAACAUCACAACAUUCUCAACAGUGUACUUUGAUACCACAAAGUCAGUGCCAGAUGGAUACUGUAAAUGUUGUCUGAUGAAAUGAAAAAUGUUGCAGUUCAUAGAAAUUUUAUUACAUCAUUGUGUUCCUAAGAAGAAAAGGCAGUUCUUAGAACUCUUCCCUUAGGCAUCAUUUUAAAAAAAAAAAUCAAACUGCAGGCUUGGUCUGGGAAGAUCAUGUUGCUUUGUUUUAAAAAAAAUAAAAUUAUGUAUGUAUUUUUACGACUGACAUUCUUAACAAAGGAGCAGAUAUUAAUUCUAAAUAUAACAUUGAAAUUCUUACUACUUAACAAAGAAGAAUCAAAUGGAUUAAAAUAAGAAAUGCAACACUUCAUCAACACAACAUUGGGCCUCAGACAAGGGAGUGAUAAAAGCCUAGACUUAAUGGCCUUGUGUUGGGUUAUAUUCCCAAAAUUGAAGGGCCACCAUUGCUGUGAUCAACAGUUAGAUUCUGCUGUGAGAAAAUGGUUUAAAGGAAAUUUAAAUUUUUUAAGGACUGAUUUUGAAAAUAGCACAAUUUUUCCUUAAGUGUAUUGAAGUUUAUUAUAAUUGUUGGUGUAUUUCAUAUGAAAUAUCUUUUACAAUUAAUUUUGUAUUUAAGUGCGGACACAGCUUAUUAGCCUGUCCUCAAAAGUAUAUAACAGAAGUUCUCAAAAGAUUUUCCUCAUAACACCCUUUUAAUUGCUAUAAUGCUUUCACAUUUUAAGUUUAUAUCAAAAUUCCAAUUAACCAGGUACUGGAUUAAAAUGUGCUGUUUAUGACAUAAUUUUACAUUUUAAAUUUUUUCAAAUUGGGUUGAGCUGCUCAUUUCUCAUUAAUGACUGAAUUAAACCAAUGAAAUCAAUUUUAUUUGAUUGUUACAUUUUGUUUACCUUAGCACAUAACAUCCUUUCUGAGAAAUCUUGGUUGGUCUGUGGAAGAAGACAAGUUUAAAGAUUCUACACCUUAUGGAGACAAAGAGUUCACAAACAUUAUUGCAACAUUUGACUCUACAAAGCCAAGGAAAGUUAUCCUAGCUUGUCAUUUUGAUUCAAAGUAUUUUGAAAAAGGAAAGUAAGUACUUGCUACACAUUAAUUUUGAUGGAUCAAAUUGGUUAUAAUGUUGUUUUAUCAAUAUAAACUGUAAUAAAAGUAUAUGUAAACAGUGUAAUCACAUGAUGUAUAUUUAUUAGAAUUUUCCAAUAAAUCCUUUCACUUUACAUAAUUUUAAAACACCUGUGUUCAGUUCUAAGUCAGGAUUAAGUCGUUCUUCAGGAUUAAAUACCUUUGAAUGUCUAAUCUGGGGAAUAGGUUUGUUGCUGCAACCGAUUCAGCAGUGCCUUGUGCUGUGCUCUUGGAGACUGCGCGCCAGUUGGACUGUUUACUGAAGAAAGGGUCUAAAGAAAAGAGCUCAGUAUGUACGCCAUGUAGUAAUUGUUUAGGUUUGCAGUAGUCUAAAUAUUAACAUGUUCACAAUAAAAUUUAAAAAAAGAAAAGAUUUCAGUUUGAGAUAAAAAUCAUGUUUCAAGCUCUCAGUUAUUUCAAUGAGUCAAACACUUUACUUAUCUUAUUGUUAUUUUGGAGUUUUGUAAAAAGGCAAUAGAAAUAUUUUUGCUUGCAUGUUCCUUAAUUUCUGUGCUACUUAAUUUACUUUAUGGUUAAAGUGCUACUUCAUAUUCCUCCGUAACAACUACAUUUCUUGACAUAAUUGACCUAUCCCCUAGUGAUUUCUUUCUAUUUAUCAUUCUAUUGUUCUCCCCAUUCUUUUCUCUAAACAUUUAUUUGAGGCUGACUUCUGCAGUGCAUAACUCAAAACUCUUCUGAAAUUUUCAUUUUCAAGUCUCGUUUUUUUACCUUUAUGGACUACACUUUUCUCCUUGCAAAGUUUCCUGUUUAGAAAAAAAGAUUUCUUAAAUUUAAAUUUAACAUGUCCAGUUUUAAAAAAAAAUGAUUUCUUGUUGUCACUUUCUUCAAUGAUAGUUUGAAGCCAAUGUUAUUAUGUUUUCCUACAUUCAAGCUAUUCCAAGUUAUUUUUAUUUUAUUUUUUUAAAAAUUGUUAAGUGUCUACCCACACAAUGUUUUCAUCUCUUUACUUACUGUAAACUGUAAAUUUACUUACUGUAAACUGUAAAGGACAGAAUGCAUUACUAACGGCAUAAUUUUAAAAUUAGUGUGAUUAGCUUCUGUUGAAUGGUUUGAGUCAACCCAUGACAAAACUUUCAUUUAUUUAUAUCAGUGACACAACUUUCAUUUAUUUAUAUCAGUGACACAACUUUCAUUUAUUUAUAUCAGUGACACAACUUUCAUUUAUUUAUAUCAGUGACACAACUUUCAUUUAUUUAUAUCAGUGACACAACUUUCAUCUCAGCACAUGCAUUGAUACCAAUGAACCACUCUCAUUUCCAUUGUAAUGUUUGACUGAUUUUUAUCAGAAUCAUUUAUGAUAAUUUUUUUUUUCCUCAGGCAGCCGAUGUGACGUUACAAUUGAUAUUUUUUGAUGGCGAGGAAGCCUUCAAAGAGUGGAGGAGCACAGAUUCUCUGUACGGUGCCAGGCAUCUAGCUGAGAAGUGGGGGGGAGAAAAACUUGGAAAUAAUCCAGAGGAAACAAAACUGAAAGCUAUAGUAUGUAGCCCUUAAAUACUUUGUCUUGUUUCCAUAUCUCUUAAUUGACCUUUUUAUCAAAGAGUCAUAUAACCUGUUACUUAAAAGAGUCAUAUAACCUGUUAGUUAAAAGAGUCAUAUAACCGUUAGUUAAAAGAGUCAUAUAACCUGUUAGUUAAAAGAGUCAUAUAACCAUUAGUUUAAAAGAGUCAUAUAACCUGUUAGUUAAAAGAGUCAUAUAACUGGUUAGUUAAAAGAGUCAUAUAACCUGUUACGGUAGUUAAAAAAGUCAUAUAACCGGUUAGUUAAAAGAGUCAUAUAACCUGUUAGUUAAAAUAGUUAAAAGAGUCAUAUAACCUGUUAGUUAAAAGAGUCAUAUAACCGUUAGUUAAAAGAGUCAUAUAACCUGUUAGUUAAAAGAGUCAUAUAACCAUUAGUUUAAAAGAGUCAUAUAACCUGUUAGUUAAAAGAGUCAUAUAACUGGUUAGUUAAAAGAGUCAUAUAACCUGUUACGGUAGUUAAAAAAGUCAUAUAACCGGUUAGUUAAAAGAGUCAUAUAACCUGUUAGUUAAAAUAGUUAAAAGAGUCAUAUAACCUGUUAGUUAAAAUAGUUAAAAGAGUCAUAUAACCGGUCAGUUAACAGACAUCAGAUGCUUUGAGAGUAUCAGCUGCCUUUCUGGUUUUUUAUUAUAAUUUAAAAAUCAUAUAAUGUUAUUAUUUGCAGCGUGAAUUUAUUCUGUUGGAUUUGAUUGGCACUACAGACACACAGUUUAUGCAGCAGUUUACUACUACUUCAGAGCUGUACAAAAAUCUGGUUAAAACAGGUAUUAUUUCUCUCAUGUGGUACGCUCUUCACACGCGGAGAUGACCAAGGCAAUUUAUGACUUGAGUAGUAGGCUUGACUUGAGCUGUAUUUUGUUUCAAUGAGGGAGAGUUGCUCAAUUCAUCCGCCUCACUCUCUUGUCCGUGCCUGUUUGAUCCUAUGGCAAGACUUAGUCUAGACGACUGGAAAUAGACCAGGAAGCAGUAGAUGACCAGCAGUGUGAAUGUGUGUGUUUCAGUCCUAAGUUUGUGGACUAGAGUUCAAUCUCCAGCAAAUCCUAGACAAGCAAAAACAACACCAGUACUGUGAGUACAAAACAAAGUUUGGCCUAACAAGUGGGGUGGGGGGGAUGAGGGCAAUAUGUAACCUGCUUUACGUGCUGGGUGGCUGAGCGGUCCAAACUCGGCCAAUAACAAAGCUUGUGGACUGGAGUUCAGUCCCCAUCAAAUGAGUAGACAAGCAUAAACAACACCAUGACCCCCGGAUCGUGGGACUCAUUAGUGAAAUUCAAGAAACACUGCUGGUCCUGGUCAAUUACUGCAUCCUGGUCUAUCACGACUCGUCUUGACUAAGUCUUGCCAUUGGAUCAAAUAGGCAAGGAUGAGAGAGUGAGGCUGGGGAAUUGAGCAACUCACUCUUACUUUAAACAAAGUACAGCUCAAGUCAAGGCUACUCCUCAAGUCAAAUAUUGCCUUGGUCAUCUUCGCUUGCAAAGGAUGAACAAUAAUAUUAAUUGUGUUAACUGUUGAUAUCUUUUUCAAGUUACUACUUUAAUAUUUUUGAACAAUAAAUACAAAUUUUUAUAUUAUAACCAAGUUGAAGAAAGAAUAAAAGUUAUCACAAAAGAUACUAAUCAUUGUGCUUCUAUUUUUAGAGAAUCAUUUGCGUCAAAAUGGUUACCUGACCAAUGAACAUCCACAAAAAAUAUUUACAGACCGAGAAGGUUUUGGGGGUAUAGAAGAUGAUCAUAAGCCUUUCUUGGAAAGAGGUUAGUAAUAGAAAUGGUGUUAAUUUAUUAUCUAUUUCAUCAUGCAGUGAAAGCUUUUUUAAAAUAAAUUACUUAUUUAUAAAGUCUUGAAAAUAUUCUACAAAAUCUGAGUUUUACCUAUUUAGAGACCUUUAAACUUUAAUAUUAUUUGAAUUUUACCAUCUUCAUAUGAAUUUGUCAGAAUUUUCCAGUGUGUCUGUAUAGUUACAAGUUUUUUUUAACCUUAUGAACAUCAGAUCAUUUCUUACUUACUUACUUACUGGCUUUUGCUCCCUUGCGAAAAAUAAAUAUUUAAAACAAAAACAAGACAUUGACAAUGUUGGAAUAACAGACACAUAUUAAUCUCCCAUAACUGUCACAUAGCUGUCACAUAAAUGUCAUAUAACUUGUCACAUAAAUCUCACAUUGUCACAAAUCUUUUUUUUUUCCUUAUUUCUAAAACUUUGAUCAUUUCAAAAUAAUUAAUGUGUCUGCAUUUCCUGGUUUGAAUUUUAUGAAAAUUAACUUCCAUUGGUAAUAAAAGUUCUAAUUUUUCCAUAUAUAUAAGACAAUAGAAAAAAUUCCUGAAACAUCAUAAUAACAGUUAACCAUAAAUAACAUAAACUCUCAAACUGACAUAAAUUUAAAUGCACUAGUAAAUGUAUAAUUUACAGUUCAAAUAUUUUAAAAAACUAUUUAUGAAAUAUUUACUCAGUGUGAAAUGAGGACCUACUAUUUUUGUGUUAUUAAUUUGUAUUUUUUGUGUUAAAAAUCUUGUUUUUUUAAAAUAUUUCUCAUUCAGGUGUGGAUAUUCUCCAUCUUAUAUCCACCCCCUUCCCAUCGGUAUGGCACAAAAUGGAAGAUGACUUUGCACAUCUUGACUUCAACCUUAUUGAUGACUUCAGCCGCAUUUUCAGAGUGUUUAUAUCCAACCUGCUACAUUUAAUUCCUGAGGCUCCCAGCUGUCGUAAAAAGUAGGCAUGGUCACCAUCUUUGAUAAAUAUUAAAUCCUAGCAUAUCAUUAUUCUGAUUACAAAGUUAGAAAUAAAGCAAGUUAUCAGAAACAGAUUUUAUUGCUCAGCAAUUAAAGUUAGGCGAUGACUGGUGGAAAAGUUGAAUAAAAAUCCUUGGGAGUGUAUUUCUAAAAAAAAAAAAAGAAAUAGUUUUUAUAUUAUCAUAAAUUGAAAAGAUGCAUUAUAAAUCACACGAUAUUUACAUAAGAAAUAACUGAAGGGUAUUCUUGCCUUAUAAAAGACAUUCCAAAGACUCAGACAUAUCCAAAUAUUGAGCUAAUAUACUUUAAAUUAGUUGAAGAAUUCUAAAAAUUUAACACUGAAAAUGUAAACAUUUCUUACAUUCUGUGUAUCAGUUAAGAUGUUUAAGAGCAUUCAUUAAAAAAUUGAUAGUGGAUCUUUAGUAGAUCUUGCUGCUACAUAUGAUCUACUUUAGAAAAAAAUGAAAAGCAGCUUAAUGUUCAAAAAAAUUAAAUUAUCUUCAAAUAAUAAUUUUUAAUUUCAUAUAUUAUUGAGAUCGAAGAGUUUAUUAUUUAUUUUAGCUUUACACAAACAAUUAUUUCAACAUUCCAAAUUUGAAAAUAUUUCUCCGCAAUCUAAAAUGAUUUUAAAUCUCUACUCUAUGACUAUAAGCUGAAAAGUAAAAUUUGGGCUUAUAGAAACUCUGUGUUGGCCAUGAUUUGUUAACAAGUUGAGUUGCAAAAAAAGUCACAAAUUGGUGGAAAUAUUUGUAUAUAAAGAAAUUAAUUUUUUUUUCUGGACAUUGCUCUUAUUAAAAAAAAAAAAACCCAUAUAUUUCUAUAACACUUACGAGGUGUUUGACAGUCUUUUAUGUAUACAUUUUAGUGUCCUGCAGGAUAACAAUAAAAUAUUUGUGUAAAAUAUUUUUCUCGCCUCAACCAAGAGGAAACAAUAGGAGUAAUUUACUUGACAGGGCAACCCUGUUGUUAAUUUGUAGAGUUAUUUGGUUGAUGGCCCGACAUAUUUCUUCAUUUCAGAUUCUGAAAUUCAUAAUGUCAAUGGUAAAUUUAAAUAUUAACAUAAUUUUGAAAUAUUAAAAGCUGUAUACAAAAUCUAAGCUCUGUAUCAAAAUCUCAUCUUGUAUCUGAAUUUUAUACACAAAUAAAAAUCCAUAGAUAAAUGAAUGGAAAGUUAUUAAAAAUAAGUUUGAAAAAAUUUGCUCCUAUCUACUCUUUGUGUAAAAUCUCUUGGCCAGCAGGUAGUUCCAUUUUUAAAAUUGGAUGUUCCAGAAAUCUUUGAUAUUUAUUUAUAAAAUGAUUGUAAAAUGACCAAAUUUGAGUUGCCAAUUUUAUUGAAACAAUGCUAAAAAAAAGCAAAAACAUUCUCAGUGUACAUUGAUACCAGGUAGUUCAAUAUAUUAUGAACUUAGUUUGAAAAUAUUAAUGAAAUCAGAACUUUUUUGAUGAAAAGGUUCAUGUGGAAAUGCUUUUAAAAACUUAAAAUUAUUGAAUUCUGAAGUAGGAGAAGUUAAUUUGUCAAGGAUAUGCUCAAAUUUUGAAGGUUUUCUUGUGCUUCAUUGUAAUUUAUUUUUUGGUAAAGGAUAAUAAAUAUUUAAAAAAUGUUUUUUCAAACUUUUAAAAAGUAACAUUUAUACAUCUUAUUAUUUGAUAUGUUUGUUUUUUUGUUCUUGGUGUUCAUAAUGGAUUAAACUAUACAUUAUUUUAAUACAGGUGAUAUUGUUAUAUUCAUGUUACAGUACAUUAAAAUGUGCCUUCAUUUGAAAUCUACAAAUCUAACUUUGUUCAGUUUCAUAGUCCCAAAUUAUACAGGUUAAAAAUUUUAGGGAUAUUUGGAGCGUCAUGUCUUAUUCAGAAUAAUUCUUAAAAUUUGACGUCUAAUACAUGGUAUAAAAAUCUAUAGGCUAUGCACAAACUGCUAGCAUCAUUUGUGAUAAAUCUAUGACAUAAUUUAAUUCGAUAUUUUUUUAGAAUUUUAUAAUUUAACUUACUUGUUUUUAUGGUGCUGAUGCAAUUCGGCUACCCAUAACUUACACAGACGAGUUCAGGAGUCAUUGCGUUUAAAAGCUGUUUUGAUCUUGCAAUGUUUUUUGUAAAUACUAUUCCUUGUGCCAUAAAAGAUAUUAUUUACCCAAACUUUAGUUAUAGAUCACAUGAUAUUUAACCCCUGAUGUGCAUAAUAAUAUUUGGUGCUGGUUAAUUUUUGGGUUGAGAAAUUUAUAAAAUAUACAAUUAAAAGAAUUAAUCGUACAAAUGUAUUAUUAAAGUUAAAUGGAUAUUAUUAAAGUUAUAUGGUUGAAAUUACUAACACUAACACAUGUAAGGAGUUUAAAUAAAAUUUGUUAUAACAUCUUUGUUCAAUUAUUGUUUAAAAUGUUAUACUUUCAUUUAAUAACCUGAAAUGCAAACAGCUGUUGAAAGGAAAUGUAGAAAGAGGCAGAGGAAAAGCUUAGACUAUUUAAAAUUAUAAAAUUGUUAAGUUUAAGAUUAACCCAAAAUCAAUGUGUGAAAAUAAAAAUCUUCACUGAAAAUUUGUUUGUGCAAGGAAUUUUGAAGUUUUUUUUUUGGUCAUAUAAUUGUUAUGUCCUCUUUUGUUCAUUUGUUAUAAAAAGUUAUAUAAACUGGAGCUUUGGCAGAAGGAAAUGUAUGUCUUAAUUUUAUGAGCAUUUGUAAUGAAUAGUUUCCAGCUUUGAGAAUGAGAGAAAAAUUCAACGAGAAAUCUUUAAAGACUUGUCUAUUUCUAAAUUGUAAUUUUUUUUUUUUUUUAAUUAAUUUUAUUCUAAAUGAACACCUGUAUGCAUAAAUAAUUUACCAUUAUAAAUAUAAGAACAGCUUUUGUAAAACAUUAACUUUUGUAUGCUUUUGUUGCCUUUUUGGCCACAAAUUGUAUAAAAUACCACCUGAUAUCAAGAUUGUUUUAGUGAAAUGCCUCGAGUAGAUCAAAAUGUCCAUGUUUUAUUCAUCUUGGAAUUUUCAAAUACUAAAUGUAGGUAAAAAAAUUGUUUUUUUCGGUUGAUAUUUAGAUUCCCAUUCAAACAAAUUAGAAUGUCUGAUGUAUGACACUUAUAAGCAUAUAUUUAUUACUUUCAUCUGUACAUAAAUCCUUAUGUCAUAAUUUUAAAAACAAAUCCCAAGACCAUUUAUAAAUAUUGAUAGAAUUAAUCUUGAAUCUUUCUUGAGUAAUCCACUUUUGAAAUUCCUCUUGUUAAUUGUUGCAUUUUAAAAAUAAAAAUACUUACAGGUACAGUGCAUUUUCUAAACUUUUGACCAAAAAUUAAAACUUGUUACACACUGUCUCUCUUUCUUCAUCUGGGCAGGACUCAAACAGAACUGUGAUAGUUUACGCAAUCAAGAGUUCUCCGUCCAUAAUGGUUACACAGAUGUGCUGUCAGAUUUUAUCCUCCGCCUCCAAUUUUGAUUUUCUAUGGUGUUGGUUUAUUAUUUAAACUACAAAUUUAAAGUGGUUAGAUUUGAAUUUGAAGCAUGUUUCUUGUAUAUAUAUUGUAGCCUUAAUCAAUAACUUAAUCAAUUUCAUUCAUUAAUAAGGAAUAAUACCAAUGCUGUGUUAAUUUAGAUAAUUUGAUGAAGGAACUCCCCUUCUUGUUAUUGUACAAUUUUUUUAACUGGUAAAAAAAAUAAAUCAUUUUGGCUUUCAUAUUUUUAAAAAUGUAUUUAUUGUUUUUUCUCUGUGUCAUAAAUUUACUGCUUAUAUUCCUAUAUUUUGCAAAAGAAAUAUGACGAGUGACUAAUCAAAAUUUUGAUAUUUAUUUACUUUAGACCCUAUGCUCAAAAUAAAAGUGGACCUUGUCACACUCAUCUUUUCCAAAAAAUGUUUUCUAUGUAAAAAAAUAUAUUUAACUUUUAAAAUUAUUCAGUUAUUUUUUUAAUUUUUUAUUACAGACAUUCCUUAUUUUAUAGAUUUGCUUAUCACAAGAGAAACUUGUAUUGAGUUUUCCACUGUUGCACAAAUGAACUAAGUAAGGAGAUAGACAGAUAACUCUAUGUAAACCAGUCCGUGUGCAUGGCACUCAUGACAAAAUAUGUAUGUGUUUAAAACUUUUUAAGUUGGAAACAGAAAUCCCUUUUUAGGAAUAGCUUUUUCACUAUAAUCAAUUAUUUUUCUGUUGAGCAUCCUUUACUUUAAAUGAGUUAAUGCUUAAUGGAAACAUCUUUGUAUGGUCUCUUCUUAUUUCUAACCUUCCUUGUUCUUGAUAUCUCUCAUUUAACCUACCUUUGGUACUGUAUUUAUUAAUUUCUUUUAUUAAUGGUGAUAGGAUUGGGAACCAUUGGCAUUCAAAUACAUUUUUUGAAACA